GCAACAUUGAAUGUUACAACAAACCCAAUUCAUUCAACGCUUUCGACAUCGCCAAAAACUCACCUCCACUCAUCACUCCUCGCCUUCUUUCUCAUAGCUCGCACUCAGUCCAAUUUCCAUCUCCUCUCACUUGCAUCACAUGUCCAGGCUAUCAUGAAGUGAACCAACCAGGCAUAUCAAGCUCAAGCGAUCUUAGCUUAGUUACACAUCCCCUGCUAAGCAACCCGAGACAGGCCUCACAACAUUCAUCAUCAUGGCGUCGCUCCAAGUCAGAGGACCGGACUUUUCGGUCACAAAGCAGAAAGCGAUUGAAGAUGCAAAGAAAAUGCAAAAAGUGGUUGCCGAGCAGUGCUCAAAAGUCGGAAAGGACCCUCCACAGUAUCGACUUUCAGAGCUCAUUGGCAAAGGCAGUUUUGGUCGGGUCUACAAGGCCACCUCUCUAACAACGAAUCAGCUGGUUGCCGUCAAGAUCAUUGACAUUGAAGAGAGUGACACAGUUAACCCCAAGCUCGCCGAUACAUAUAGCGACUUGCUCAAGGAAAUUAGUGCCCUGCAACUGCUCAGCAACAGUGGCGCCAAGAACAUCAAUCAUGUUAUCGAUGCUCUUCCUGUCGGGCAGUCCAUGUGGAUGAUUACAGAAUACUGCGCUGGAGGCAGCGUGGCUACCCUUAUGAAACCAACCUCACCAGGCGGCCUUCAGGAGAAAUGGAUUAUUCCCAUUUUGCGCGAAGUGGCCGAAGCUGUCUACUGGGUUCACGGCCAGGGUAUCAUCCACAGAGACAUCAAGUGUGCCAAUAUCUUAGUCACGGAGGAGGGAAACGUUCAGCUUUGUGAUUUUGGAGUUGCUGGUGUUAUCGAAACCAAAUUCGACAAGCGCUCAACAGUCAUUGGUACACCCCAUUGGAUGGCCCCAGAACUGUUCGACCCUGCGGCUUCUUAUGGUACUGAGGUGGAUAUAUGGGCUUUUGGCGCCAUGGUCUAUGAAAUUGCAUCGGGUCUACCACCAAGCGUAGCUGCAGGCAUGAUGGACUUCAACAGACUAGGCUCAUACCUCAAACAACACAUCCCUCGACUUGAAGGCGACCGAUAUUCCCAAGGGUUGAAGGACCUCGUGGCGUAUUGCUUGGUUGAUGACCCUAAGAAACGCCCACCAAUUGAGCAAAUUCAGAGACACCGUUACAUAUUCAACACACAGGAUGCUUAUCCUGCUUCGAGCUUGGCACACUUGGUUAGAGGCUACAAGUUGUGGGAAGCUCAAGGUGGUGUUCGCAAGUCUCUCUUCUCCGCAGGAGGAGCCCAAGGGCCAUCUGACCUCGCUAGCCUGGCCUUGGACAAUGAUGAGUGGAACUUCAGUACAACCGCUGCGUUCGAUCAACAGGUGCUCCAAACUGGCGACGCUCAAGCUGUGUUUGAUGUUUAUGGCUCCAACGUCGACUUCAAGCAGGAUGAAUUCGACGAUGCUUCUAGAACCCAAAAGCCAAAAUCACGUCGACGUCCGCCACCUCACCUUCCUUCCGUCAAGGCACCACUAGAAAAGCUAUUUGACCCAAAUACGAUAUCGAACUACGAGGAUAACUCACGAGCAUAUUAUGGUCGUCCGUUUCCUCCGCCUACUGCCGAUUUCACCCCUCCACCCCCCCCUCCUGCGUCGGAUUUACCGCUAAGAGACGACUCAUCUCAGUCCCCUGGAGUGAGAGAAUCCCUGAUUGAUCUUGACAUGUCCCUAGAUGGUAGCAACCUCUCCGAAUUUGUUGACCUGAACACAAUCAGAGCUGGAGAUCCCAGAGCAUCGACCGACUAUGACUUUGGAGAUGUCUCCUAUAAUAAACCACCACUUAGUGAUCCAGCAGAUAUGAUGAACAACAACCGCAGAACACGAGAUUGGAAGUUCCCCUCCAUGGCCCCUCCCGCCUCAGCAAACCCCGAAAUGUUCAGAUUUCCGUUCAACGAUGACCAAGGGCCAAGUACCAGCCGCCUGAUCCACCCUCCGACAGAGCCAAUCCAGCCUUCGGCGCAGUUCAAUGACCUUGCGGUUCCCUCCCCAGUCAACAACCGAGCGUCGUCAGGCAGUCUCAUUGACUUAGACAUGGGUCUAGCUGAUCCCAUUCCUAUGAGCGACUAUACAAGGCCGUCCACAUCACACUCGGACGUAGGAUCAUUGGCUGGCUCAGAGUUAGGAGGGGCCGAUCCUUUCCAGCUAGAAAAGCACGCCUCUCUUUACCUUAUGCCCAACAGUAUACGAGAACCAUCCAUCUAUGUAUCUGAUGAUUCUGAGUUUGCAAAUGCGGUUGCGGACCUUUCGCUCAAUAACACCCAGCGACAUGAUCCUCAGAUGUCCUACCAGCAAACACAGUUACCCCUAUAUCAACCCCAGGGACAACCCCAGGGACAACCCCAAUCUUCCCAGACCAACGGGAACGCCCCGAGUGAAAGACCUUACUCCCUUAGCGAGUUCGCCGAUACCGAUCCUGAAUCUUUCACUCCACAAACGCUUGCCGCCCCUGAACUUCAACCUCCUCCACUUCAGCCUCAACUAGAUCGGUCACCAGUUCGGGACGACUACCCUCGAUCUUAUCAACAACAACAGCCAUUCCUUCCGCCUGCACCUACUGCACCCUCACCCCAAGUUAUGGAAGGCCAGGCCUCAUCAGAACAUGUCAAGGAGGAGCUUCGGCGCAUGGCCAUGAGCCUAAGCGAUCAUCUCAGCCACGCGAAUACAUACUUGUCGGGUCUUCCACUUCGAAGAGCGAGCACGACAAGGAUGGAGUCUAUUGAGACCCCUUGAAGACAUUCACGAAUGUAUAUGGGAAUUAAUUAUAUAACACCGUGUGAUCAUGGAGUUCGGAAAUGGCUUGCCAUUACAUUGAAUACUGGUUAAAAGCUGGAUAUUGUGCAAUGCGAUAUAUGAUCAUAAUAAAUCACGAAUAGAAUAUUCAAAAUUUUCCCCCCAUUCACCAAGCUCCUGCAUUUAGCUUAUUGGAAUCCGACCAGGUCUCCCAUUAGCAAAGCUUGGUACCUUUCGAUGGCCUCUCCCAACCUGAUCAAAACUCCUGCCGCCAGCAUUUUGACCUCGUUCUCCUCCCCACCAUCCUCCCCUCUAGUCUUCUCGAACACCAUUGCGACCCAUUCCCUAGUCUCCAUUACCUCUCUGCCUUGGGUUUCACAAAGCCGACGCAUGCUGCCGCCAUUUACUUCCAGCAGGGACGCCAUAGCUACGAGCCACCCUUUCAUGGCGCCGAGAUCGCCAAAAACAUGUACACGAACGCCCAGAAGCAAGUCCCAUAGCUCCGCGGUCAACUGUGGCAGCGAAAGUGUGGAGGGUCCAGCGGCGUGAACAACAAUACCUAACGUCUGUAGGUAGAGCGCCAGAAGUGCAUGGUUGAGUAUGAUUGGUUUGGCAGAACGAAGCGCGACCUGGAAAUGUGCCGUGAGUGGGGAGAAGAAGGAUGUCGCAAGCAGAGCGGCAGUCGUAUUGGGAAUAGCACGCAUACGAGGUUUGGAACUAGAUUUGGACUUGUAGCGGGCCGUGAAGCUUUGAAGCUUCAAAAUAUCAGGACCUGUGUUGGCAUCGGCUGCUUCUGCAGCAAGCGGGGCAAGGAAUGAAGAUGUCAGCGACUGUGAAAUAUUCUCGAGAGCAGUUGAUGGGAGCGCUUUCAGCUGGGACGACGGCAGGGCUCUGCCAUCAUUUCCCGAGCCAAUAUAAAGUUGCUCCAUCUUUUCAGGUAGCCGCUUUGAGGGAAAGGCAGCAGCCGACUGGUAUUGAGAUACUUCGAAACCCGCCAGUUCUCGGGCUGACAGGCCCAAUGUGACAAGUAUUGAUGUCCGUUGGUGGAGGGAAUAGUCACCCUCGAAGAAAGUUCGAGCAAACCACGGGGCCAUAGUCUUGGGUUGAGAGACAACAAGCGCUACCAUACCGUGUAACCGUAAAUCAUCGAAAUUUUCGAUCUCAAACUUGUCUUGUAUGCCCACCAAAAG